AUGAGCAGUCCUUCUGAAUUUGAAGCUGGUUUUGACUCCGAUUCCGACUCAGACGUCGACUUCGAACCGGAUCGCAAGCCUCGCUCUUCUUCGCGCCGCGCCACUACAAGCCUUGAACCAAAAGGGCUACUCAGAAAAUCUUUGUCGCGUGCGCAAUCUGAUAGUAUUCCAGCAAGUGAAGUAAAUGAAAAUGACCCAGACACGGGAAAUCGUUUCGAGCAGCUUGAUGCGCGCCUCCAGAACCUACCCACGCAAUCCCUCGACGCCUACUCCCAGCUCCUGGCCGAGACUGAGAAAGAUUUCGCCUCCAAUUCCGUGAACGAGACUGAAGAACCUUAUCUGGUGACACAAAAUGGUGCUGUGGUAUGGACUCCCACGGAGAAGGGGACCCUCUUCAAUGUCCUCGACAGAAAGGGCAAAAAUGGCGUCCGAGAGCUUGCCGCUGCGAUCGGCACAAAGUCAGAACUUGAGGUUUCAGAUUAUCUCAAACUGCUGCAUCGCGGUUUGGUGGGCCAGCAUGUGCUUGAACGUCACAUUAGAACAAUAGUCAUGGGCGACAUACCUGCAGCAACUGAACUCAGCGAGGAGUGCUGUACACAGCUCGAUGAGUACGCGGCUGUUUUGUCGAUGAAGGAGGAAUACCAUACGGAGAGAGCUAGUCGCUUCAAAUACGCCAACAAUCACCUUCUCACGCUUCAGCAGGCUCAAAAACUCAUUCCAAAGGAAAAAUUAAUCGAGGUUGAGGUUGAGAAUCCGGAUGAAAUCGCGGAGCCCGAAUCUAAAAAGGUCUGGGUUGCAGAGGCAAUUCCUCCCCAGCGAGGUAGCAUCCACCUCGCUGCCAAUAUACUGAAUACGCCCAUGUGGGUGGAACUUUCUGAAAGACUUUUUAUGAAUUUUGGCGGCGCGAAAGAAGAGAGUAAUUGGGUAAAUGUUGCUCCAUCGAAAGAUGACACGCCUGCAUUAACUGGGGAUACACUCAUGGACUUUUACGCUCUGACUAUGACCAUCACCCGCCGUUUGGUCCAGUCAACCAUCUUCUUUGCCAUGUCGCGACUGCGCGGUGUUGGUCGCGAACGGAUUAAUGCUAUUCGAAGGAGAGAUGUGCGGGCCGCUAUCGACGUGCUAAAUAUGAAGCAUGAUCGAUCUGGUUUCAUGCUGGAUGUUGUGCGUCGCAAUGGCCUAACAAUUACCAACAAUCACGCGAACGAUCCGAAAGGCGCCAAAACAAAGAUCAUCAACUUUGACGAGGCUGAAGAAAUCCUCGGAGCUAAUGUCAACCUCUCAAGUGAAAGUGAAGAUGAAGACGAAGAUACUGAUAGCGACGAUGACCCGGAAGACUUCAAUAUCGAUUCUUCACCCAUUAAAACCCAUCGAAAACACCAACGCCAAUCAUCAACCGAAAUUUCAUCAGAUGAUCCCUUCCAUCCCGAAGAAGACCACGCUGAUACUCUCGAUCGUGAACUCAGUCGUCGCGAAGAACUCAAGCUCUGGAGUAUGAUGGGAAAGCGCGCCCCAGCUUCCCUCGAGGUACCUAUCCUCUCCGAAGAAGACGAGAAAGAUGCAGCAGCACGUAAACCCACCAUUGAACGCAAAAAUAAAGAGGAACUAGUCGACUGGCGCGACAGAACUCUAUACCGCAGUGAAUGGGAGGAAUACGGAGCCGGCCGAGAAAAACUAGAAGAAAAAUUGGCCGGUAAUAUGCGGAAGAGACGGCGGAUCGAAGGCGAACGCAACUUGAUUCAUCCUUCUGCGUAUCGUGAUGAGUCACCUGAUGCUGUCCGGAGAAAAAAACCGUCGCCUCUAUCAGCUGAAACUGUUCACAGCAGUGACGACGAGACUGGGGAUGAAGGGCAUAUGGAUGUUGACUAG